AAAAAGAUGGUAAAGCCUUUCAUCCAACGUAUGAAGAAAAACUCAAACUUGUGGCACUGCACAAGCAGGUUCUGCUGGGACCUUACAACCCUGACACUUGCCCUGAAGUUGGAUUCUUUGAUGUGCUGGGGAAUGAUAGAAGGAAGGAAUGGGCUGCCCUUGGAAACAUGUCAAAGCAAAAAGCUAUGACAGAAUUUGUUAAGCUCCUGAAUAGGUGCUGCCACUUGUUUUCCACAUAUGUCACUUCCCACAAGAUAGAGAAAGAAGAACAAGAAAAGAAAAGAAGAGAAGAGGAAGAACGAAGGCGACGUGAAGAGGAGGAGCGUGAACGUUUACAAAAAGAAGAAGAAAAACGUAGGCGAGAAGAGGAGGAAAGACUGAGAAGAGAAGAAGAAGAGAGGAGGAGAAUAGAGGAGGAACGUCUUCGGAUGGAACAACAGAAGCAACAGAUAAUGGCAGCCCUGAACUCCCAGACUGCCAUUCAGUUCCAGCAGUACGCAGCCCAGCAGUAUCCGGGCAACUAUGAACAGCAGCAGAUCCUAAUUCGGCAGCUCCAGGAACAGCAUUAUCAACAAUACAUGCAGCAGUUGUAUCAAGUCCAGCUUGCACAGCAACAGGCAGCCUUACAAAAACAGCAGGAGGCAGUUAUGGCAGCGACAGGGACACCUCUGACUACUGCAUCAAAGGUGAAUGCGCCUGCCCCCGGGGACACCCCAUCUAUUAAUGGGCAGGCCAGUGCACAUGCAGACAGCCCUGAAAAAGAGCUGGAUCCUGAGGCUUUGGAAGAAGCACUGGAGAAUGGACCAAAAGAUUCUGUUCCAGUGAUAGCUGCCCCAUCGAUGUGGACACGGCCCCAAAUAAAAGACUUCAAGGAAAAAAUCCGGCAGGAUGCAGACUCUGUGAUCACAGUGGGCCGAGGAGAAGUGGUUACAGUUAGAGUACCAACUCACGAAGAGGGGUCUUACCUCUUUUGGGAGUUUGCUACAGACAAUUAUGACAUUGGUUUUGGGGUGUAUUUUGAAUGGACAGACUCCCCUAAUACUGCAGUCAGUGUGCAUGUCAGCGAAUCCAGUGAUGAUGAGGAUGAAGAAGAAGAAAAUACUAGCAGUGAAGAAAAAGCCAAAAAGAAUGCCAACAAGCCUCAGCUAGAUGAAAUAGUGCCUGUGUACAGACGAGACUGUCAUGAAGAAGUGUAUGCUGGCAGCCACCAGUACCCAGGGAGAGGAGUUUAUCUCCUUAAAUUUGACAACUCCUACUCUCUAUGGAGGUCAAAAACAGUUUACUACAGAGUUUAUUAUACUAGAUAAAGGUGUGGCUGUGUCUGAGGCUGGGCUGUGCAGAAGAUGUCAUUUUAUUUGGAAUUUUCUUCAAGCAUAAUGGAUCCUUUUGAGUCUGUGUUUUAUCCUGUCUGUAUCUAUAUGGUUUGUGUGAACUUUAACAAGUAGACACUGGGAUCUUCCUGCUCCAUGACACUAAUGCAUAUUGCAUUGGGCUUAACACAGGAUCUCCCUAACCCUUUUGGCUAUUGGAGUUAACCAGUGGAAGUCAUUGGCUCCAGUGCUAAGGUCACAUCAGUUAUAUUUGUUAAAGCCUGGUGAAAAAGGGGGAGGGAGUUGCUGGCUCACUGGCUGGGUGAUCUGAUGUUUCCAGGUCUGGAUGCUUUGAAUAACUUGUUAACGGUUAAUUUAAAGGUCCCAUCUAUAACUGGUAGAUUUGGAUGCAGUUUGCUAUGUAGCAAGUUUCUCUUAACUGUAAUUGAAUGUCAGAUUUUUACACCAUUAAAACUUGAAACUUUAAGUU